AGGACAAAAAGGACGAGGAUGGUGAGAAGACAGAGGAGGACAUUGAGGGCAUCCUGCGCUAUGAGGAGUGCAUUGCUGGGCUGCUGGCCACAGUGGCCCAACUGCACCAGAGAGCAGAGCAGCUCCAGUGCCGCACCAGCAGGUACCAGAACGCUGCGGCCAUGGGGCACGGGGAUGUGGCACUGCCCUGGUGCACCCCGCUUCUGCUCUUCACCCUGCAGGGAGGAUGAGGAGGGCUGGGAGGGCACCACCAGCCUCCCUACUGCCAGCCCACAGCAACACCGCUUCGACGACACGCUCGGUGCUGCCACGGGUCUGGGAGCCCACAGCUCCGACCUCUUUGCGGACCUGCAGAACGUCGUGAGCUCGCUGGAGCGCGCCGUGUUCUCCCGGCACCAGCGCGCACCGGUGCGGCCUGCGCCCAGCAAGGAGUGGGCACGAGCGGCCAAGAGCCUGGAGGAGCUGGACCGGAGCCCGGGCCGGGCCGGGCGGGCGAUGGGACAGGCUCUGGAGGAGGCAGCGGCAGAGGAGGCAGCGGUGGCGGUGGCGGCAGCGGCCCUGGCAUCGAGGAACGCGGCGCUGCGGGCAGCCCUGGGGCACCGCCAAGAGGAGCUGAGCCGGGCCACGGCGGCGCUGCGGGUGCUGCGGGGGGAGCGCGACCGGCUGCAGCUCAAGGUUCGCGACUUGCGGGAUGCUCUGUCCAGGCUGGAGGAGCCGGGGGGCUUCGGGAGUGACACCGCCGGGGUCAGCAGCCCCCCGGUGCACAGGGAACCCCAGGACUCGCCCCAGUGCAGUGAGGAUGCUCAGCCCCACAACCCCCUCUCCCCCCAACCCUCGGAGGGUCCCAGCCAAGAGCAGCAGGAGCGGGUGCAGCAGCUGCAGGGGACUGCAAGAGCGACGCGGAGCGGCUCAGCAUGGUGCUGGGGCAGCACGAGUCCUGCAGCACCGCGCUGCGCCUGGCCCUGCGCUGCAGGUGGGGACGCGGGGACACGGGGACACGGCGGGGACACAGCCCGCGGUGCCACACUGAGCUCCUCUCCCUGCAGCGAGCGCUGCGGGGGGGCCUACGCCGCCCUCCUUGACCUGAUGUGGGCAAAGGUGCGCCGGGAGGAGUAUGGGGCCCAGGGGGGAGACAUGGGGCAGCAGAGCCCGGGGCAUGGAUGGGUGUCCAGCCCCACACCAGCGGAGGGGCUACAGUUCCAGGGCCGAGUGGAGCCGAAUGGGCAGGAGGAGAGUGGGGACAGCAGCUCCACCGCGCUGCAGAGCACCCCAGCACCGCGCGGGAUGGAGGAAGGGGCCCUUCGUGAGCACAUCCGCCGGCUGCGCGCGGAGCAGGCGGCCGUGGAGGCUUCUCUGCAGGACCCCCCAGCACCCAGCAGCACCCACCGCAGCGAGGACACCCGGGCCCGCGCCGAGCGGGUGCUGCUGGAAGCUCGGGCUCAGCUGCCCGGCUGGAGACGGCCAGAGAAAGCAGAGCUGCUGCAGGAGCUGGCGAUGCUCAAGGAGGCCAUGGCUGACUUGAAGAUGCGGUUGCAGCUGGUGGAGAGGGAAAAGCAAGGUCUAGAGGUGCUGGAAGCUGCGCAGGGCCCGCGGGAGUCUGCAUUGCACCUGGUGCUCCAGCACCUGCAGUGGGAGAGGGAUGAGGGGUUCAGCCACCCCCCCAGCAGCUCUAGCAGCAGCAAGGAGGAUGCCCAAAGUAGCCAGGUGGGAGCAGCGGCUCCUGGGUACCCUCCAGGCCCGGCAAGGAUGGGUGAAGAGCUGCUUCGUACCAUGAGCCGGACAGAGGAGCUGCGCGCCCGGGCACAGGCCCUGGUGCGUGCCCUGGAGGAGAGCAGUGCCAUCAGCCGCGCGCAGCAGGCGCAGUGUGUCACCGUCACUGCGGACUUCUUCCAUGCUCACAGCGCUCUGGCCCUGGCGUACCGCGGCGCCCGGCGGAAGCAGGCGGCUCAGCUGCGGCGGCUGGAGGGGCAGGCGGGGGCCCUGCGCAGGCAGCACGCCCGGCAGACGCAGGCGCUCACCCGCAGGCUGCACAGCCUGGAGCAGGGCACGGCCGGCAGCGAGACCUGCAUCUAGAGACCCCCAGGGACCCCCCGUGCCGGCAGGACGCCGCUGUAUCCCCAGGGAGAAUAAACCACUGAUGCUCA